AUGCACUUCAAUACUCCAGCUGGCGAUGCUGGAUCUAGUUCGGGUCGGACACAAGCAAUUCGUAUACAACACAUUAAUGCUCCACCAGGUUUUCCCUUGGAUGAUCCAAAUUUAGAUGCCACCUUAUUGAGAAUUGUUAGUGAUGGAGGUGCCACAACGGAGAACAAACAUUCCCGCGUUGAAGAAAACGAAGUGCAACAACAACAAACGGCAUUUGUGAAUUCCUAUAAAGCUCCCGAUUAUUUGCCACCAAAACAGGAAACCCCAUAUCAGGGUAGUCCCUAUUUACCACCCGUAUCGGGUAGUGCUGAAAAUUCCGGUGUAGUAUUCAAAGGUUCCGAAUAUUUACCUCCCCAAACCAGUAAUGAAAAUAGAGCCUUUAAGGGUCCAGAUUAUUUGCCACCCAAUGGCGGAGUAUCAAAUAAUCCAAACCCCUUCCCAUCGAAUAAUCAAUUUAAAGGACCCGAUUAUUUGCCACCACCACAAGCAAGUGGUCAGCAAUAUAAGGGCCCAGAAUAUUUACCACCAACUGGUGGUGUUAACCAACAAGGAUCAUAUCAGGAAACUACAUCCCAAGGCGUAGUCUCCAAUAAUCAGCAACAAUACAAGGCUCCAGAAUAUUUGCCACCCACCAAUACACCAUUUAAGGGUCCCGAUUAUUUGCCACCCCAGCCAAGUGUGAGCGGAGGUGCCAGCAAUCAAGUUCAAUAUCAAACAAAUACACCAUUUAAGGGUCCUGAUUAUUUGCCACCCCUGGCGAACACAAAUGCUGCUCCAUCCCAAUCAAUUACGUCAAAUGGUCAAACUCCUUAUAACAAUCCCUUCAAGGGACCAGAUUAUUUACCACCACCACCAAGUAAUUCAUUUAAGGGUCCUGAAUAUUUACCACCUCAGGUAAGUUCCACACAACAAAGUGUCGUGGAAAAUGUGUAUAUCCCCUCUGGGGUAUUACCACCAGGCUAUGAUUUUGUUAAGCCUGAAAAUGCAGAGGCCGCCAUCAAUGAAUUGCACACUUUACCGGAUGAUGAUACCAACACUUUCUCGAACACCAACAACAAUAUUAAUAAUCAAGAAGUUACGGUAAGGGCACAUCUGCAAGUUUCCUCUGGGGGUCAAGUGGAAGCAAGAAACGUGGGUACAUAUCAGGCUCCUGGUUAUUUGCCACCGGUUAGACAACAAUCCUCCGAUAUUAUCUAUGGAACUGCAAAACCGGGAAAUGGUCCCGUAAGUCCCACAGCUGGAGUUUCAGCAUAUCAGACUGCUGGGUCAUUUGCAGGUCAACAAUCACAACCUCAGGGUGGCACCUACCAGGCUCCAGGAUAUUUGCCACCAGCUUCUCCCCAACAGCCACAAACACAGGGCGAAUCUUAUCAGGCUCCUCCAUAUUUGCCACCAGUUUCUACUCAACAAACCCAGAGUGUAACCUAUCAGGCGCCAGCUUCUUCUCAACAGUCACAACAGACCCCAGGUGUAACCUAUCAGGCCCAAGUUUCUUCUCAACAGGCACACCAAACCCAAAGUGUAACAUAUCAGGCCCCUGCUUAUUUACCUCCAGUCCCACAACAACAAUCUCAGGGAGGAUCCUAUCCGGCUCCUGGUUAUUUGCCACCAAGCCCUGCGCAAGUCAAUACAAAUGGCGCCCAACACAAACAAGCAACAACUGGUUACUUGCCACCUGGUUAUGAUUUCCAAAAACCUGUGGAAGCAGAAGUUCAGCAGGCACCAAACACUCAAAGCCAGACCGUUCAACAAACAACCAUUGUUGGUAAUAAUAAUUUCAAGGCUCCCAGCUAUUUACCACCCGUUAGUCAACCACCAUUUAAGGGUCCAGAGUAUUUACCUCCCACUAAUAAUGCCGAACAAUCUUCGGGGGUAGUAACAUCCAGCUCGGUAUCUCAAGUUUCAACCUCGACACUACAGACACCCGGCUUUUUGGCUCCUUCUGGAUUUAAGGCUUCGGCUUAUUUACCACCCACCUCCAAUGAACCAAGACCCUCAUACGCCUUACCCUCAACAUUCCAAGGUCCUGGCUAUUUGCCGCCAUUUGUGAACUCAGCCCAAAGCCAGGCAAGUUAUAUGCAUCCCUUGAGCAGCUAUAUGACCAGUGUUCAGCCCUAUGAACGUUAUGGCAGUGCCAGAAAACCAUUUGCCCAAUAUGGACCACCACCUGCGGCGGCAGCAGCAACAUCAGUGGCCAUAAAUACCAAUGACGUUGCUCCCAUGUAUAAAGAACCUGCCACCAGACCUCAAUAUUAUGCUCCCGCCAUGUCCUAUGCCCAAAAUACAAUCAGUACCCAGGCUUAUAGGUCCCAUGAGGUUAGUAAUAGUUUCACCAGUUCCGCCCUUAAUCAACAAACACGUCAAGCCUUGCAAGCUUUUAUGCCCAAAGAUUUGCGACAAGAAAUCUCCACGGGUCACUCCAAUGUUGGCAUUUCCUCUACACCAACUCCAAAGGUAGCUGGUGCUCCAAAAGCUUCCGCUAAAAUACGUACCGUACAAAUUGUCAACACCAAUGCUGUGAAAACUCUCAAAGUUUUAGAAUCCUUGGAUCACAGUGGUGUUAAGACCAUUAAAAUUCUAGGUACCAGCAAUGAGGAACCCAUGGGUGAACAUCGUGUUGUCAAAGUUGUAACUGACCACAAACACGAAGUGCAAACUGUGAAAAUCUUCAAUGAUCAUCAGGAUGUAUCGGAGCAUCAAAGUAGUAGCGGAGAGUCUCGUGGCUAUUUGCCACCACGUCAGAAGCGUAAUCACAAAAAAGUCACACCCCGAGGUCGUAAACGUAUUAAUGGUGGUCAAUCCCAAAUAACAACGUCAAAUAGUCAAACUCCGUGGAACAAUCCCUUCAAAGGACCACCACCAACUAGUUCAUUUAAGGCUCCAGAAUAUUUACCACCUCAGCAUGAAAAAGUGGAGGCCGCCAUCUAUGAAUUGCACACUUUACCGGAUGAUGAUACCAACACCUCUACGAACAAAUACAACAUUAGUAACUAA